UGUUCUUUUAAAAUUCUGUUCGAGCAAAGUCAGACUUGAAAAACCAGUGCAGAGGUAAAUCAAACCGGCAUUCAGCACAAGAAAUACAUUUGUUUAACAAACAAAUUGAUAUUAAUGUUUUUUCUUCAACAUGACUGAACACAGGAUUGUUCUUCUUGGAAACUCUGGAGUUGGAAAAAGCUCAUUGGCUAACACCAUCUUUGGAGAAAAAGUAUUUGCGGCUCUUGUGUCAUCAAAUUCCGUAACAUGUCAAAGUGAAACCAAGCAAAUUCAUGGGAGAAAGGUCACAAUCAUUGACACUCCUGGAGUUUUUGACACCAACAAGUGUGAAGAUGAUCUGAAAUCUGAAAUGACAAAAUGUGUCACUCUGAGUGCUCCUGGAGUUCAUGCUUUUGUCAUUGUUCUGAUAGUGGAAAAGUUCACUCAGCAAGAGAAAGAAAUCAUCUCUAAAAUAAAGGAGUCCUUUUCUAAGGAAGCUCUAAAAUAUGCAGUCAUCGUCUUCACUCAAGGUGAUCAGCUGGAGGAUCAGAAGAUCGAGGACUUUGUGAAUAAAAAUGAUGAUCUGCGUGAUUUUGUGAAGGAAUGUGGAGGCCGCUGUCAUGUGAUAGACAACAUAUACUGGGACAAAGAGAGAAACAACGAGGAAGUGAAAAAGUUACUGAACACAAUAGAUAAGAUGGUAGAACAAAACAAUGGAGACAUGUACACCAAUGAGAUGCUAAAACAAGUGCACAGCAUGUCACAGAAAGAAGAGGACAUAAUUCGCGCCUCAUCUAAGAACAUGUCAGACAAAGAAAUCCAAGCAGAUGCACAGAACAGAGCUUCAAAUGCAAUUAAGAAAGCUGCUGGUAUUUCUACUGGAGUUUUGUUAGGAGCUCUGCUUGGAUUGCCCAAGAUGGUUGGAAGAGCUUUACCAAUAUUACAAUCACUUGCAAAUUAUUUAGGAGUAAAAGUUAAAGAAAUAGAAGAUGUAGUGAGAGAUAUAUUUAAACCUAAACCUAAAGAUUCAACAUAUUCAAACAUAGUUGCACAUACGGCAGGCGGAGGAGGUGUGAUAGAAUUGGUACGUACAUCAAUAGGGGUAAAAAAUCUGUUUGCUGUAGGAAUGUUUGCAGUUGGCGUUUGCUGUGUUAUAGGGGCAGCAGAAGGAGGUGUAACUGGAUUCAUAGAAGCUGUCAAAGCAGACUCACCAGGAGAGGCAGUAACAAACACAGCACAAGCUGUUUGGAGGUCCACCACAGCAUCAUUCUGUCCUUAAACUAAAAUGUAAAGAAAACACUUUGAUACUAAAAAGGCUUAAAAAUAUUCUGCUGUAAAUAAAACAUAACAUUUAAAUUAAUGUAUGUUAUUCGUCUAAAUAAUUCUAUCUUUUCAGCAUUUUUUUAACAAUCACGUUUCACUUUUCUCACUUAAUUUAAAAGAACUUGUCCCUUUAGGCUACAUUUUUAAACAGUUAGUUUUCCAAAAUUCUGUUAAUUAUUUAAUUAUCGUUCCAUUUAUUCUAGUUAAAGAAUAAAAAUGAAUGACCAGGCUUGUGAGUAAUGAUUUAGAUGAAUAACAGCAUUUGAUUUUAUUUCCUUUUAUUGUUGUUAUUUUAUUUGCCUUUUUUUUAUAUUUAUCUGUAUUAUAGUAUUCAAACAUUUUUCUGUGUGUGGCAUUUCUGGGCUUUCAUUAAGAACUAUUCAGCUUUGUAAAACUAAAGUUGUGUGGUCUGUUGUCUCUGUUUGUUUAUAAUUAGAUCAACCACAUGUGCAAUUUGUCAUGUCUUACUUUUUAUUAUAAUCAAUGAUAGUCCCACAUGUCCUCACUAUGCUCUUCUGUGCUUGGCGGACACUGCAGCGAUGACCCCCCCUGGUCGGGCUGGGCCUUUUUCCUUAUAUAUACAGUUCUUAAGUAUUUGCUCAGUUUUAUUGUCAAGGGUUAUUUUGGGGGAACUUGGUGGGUUGAGGGACUGGUACUUAUUUUGUGUAAAUGUCCUCUUUUCUUUAUAUGUAUUCGUUUUUUAACACUCUGCAUUUUUAAUUUGUAUUUUCUUUGCUUGUAUGUAAAGCACUUUGAGAUAUGAAUAAGCAUAUGAAUGAAAGGCGCUAAACAAAUAAAGUUUGAAGUGUGCUGUAUUUUUGCGUUGUGGUUUAUGUUUUUUUUUUUUUUUUUUUGCAUGGAAAUGGGUUCCUUUUAGAGGAUGUGAUGAGUUAAGUCCCCCUUAUGAAGGAGGGGGGAGGCAGCUGUCAUGUGAUUGACAUCAGAUAAAUCGAGAAUCUAAAAUCUAGAUGUUCUUCUUGUUGAUGUUGGGCAAAAUUUUACUCUCACAAUGUUCCAGUUGAGACAAAAAAAAUGUUCUUUUUAGAUCAGUGUGUGUCUUUUUCCUAUUUGUUGUGAUAUUUUUUGUGUAGGUUGGCUGUGGCUUCUCCUGGAGAGCCCAACACACUCACCUGUUAGAAGUGGCACACAACUGCCAGCACUUUAAGUUAAAUUGUUUGUGCCCUAUUUAAGCUCCUUUGUUUCAGUGCUCUAUGUUUUAGGGUAUUUUCUGUUUUUAUAUAAGUGGCUUUAUCAUUCCUGCACUAUGACCGGUUUUUUGUUGCUAUGCUGAUCUUAACUUUUUUUUUUUUUCUUUUAGAUAAUCUAUCCCACCCGGAGUGGCAUCUUGUGUCUAUUAAAAUCUUUCUCCUUACUACACUUACCUGUUCGGUCCUGCAUUUGGAUGGUCCUGAUACACCAUAACAUUACACCGUGACCGUGUCAGAUCCAGCAGAAAGAAGUAAUGCCAGUAAAGUUGUCUCUAGCUAAGGAGGAAAGACCAACCUUGUUCUAGGAGAUGUUUGUCUGACAUGCAGGAACUUCAUUGUUGCAAGACAAGACAAAAGCACAUCACCCUUUUUUCUCAACAAACCAGACUUUGACCUCCAGAACCCUUUAACAGCACCGCUGAGGGUUCUGAGGGUUGUUACCUGUUCUUGUCCUCUUGUCAGCUUUAGUUUGACCUCAAUCUUAAUGAUUUUCCUUCUUUGCAUAGAAAAGUUGCUUUUGCUCUAAGUUGUCAUAUUUAUUUAUUUAUUUUUGAUUGGUAGAGUAGCUGAGUGGGACACAAGAGCAAAUCAUUGACACUCCUGGUGAUGGAGCAUGCGUUUUUGAAUGUGUACCUAAAAACAUGAAACCCCGUUUAAGCACCAGUCGGUGCACACACUGUUCAGCCAUGAAGGUCUGCCACCGAGUGAAAUUCCCUUUGUUCUGUUUUUUUUUUUUUUGACUGUUCUCAAUGUUUAUUCCCCCCUUUCUGAUUCCUUGGGAGGGCUGCUUGGUGGUGCAGUGGUUAGCGCUCUUGCCUCACAGCAAGAAGGCCCCGGUUUGACUCCCGGCUGGGACCUUUCUGUGUGGAGUUUGCAUGUUCUCC